AUGGCAAGAGAAAGAAAGUACAAGAAGAGGAAAAGGGGAUACAGGAAGCAUUUUUCAAAACCAAAGAAAGGUUGCAAACCCUACAAAGGAUUAGUUAAGGCCGAUGAAGAUGGUUUCAUUGAAGGUUUUUGUGGUUUUGAAAACCCACCAUUACCUGCAAUUAGAGUACUUUCGCUCUUUGAUGGUAUCGGAAGUGCUUUGGUUGCUUUGGAUAAGUUAAAUCUUGAUGUAGAAGCAUUUUAUUCUUCUGAGAUUGAUGAGAAAGCUAUUAAAUUGCUGCGAUUCCACUAUCAUGAUAGAAUAAAAAUGUUGGGACCCGUACAAAACCUUACUGAAGGCAAACUGGCAUCUCUUGGUGUCAUCAAUUUAUUAUGUGGUGGAUCACCUUGUGCAGAACUUAGUUUGGUGAAUCCAGCACGCAAGGGCCUCAACGAUCCCUCUUCUUCCGGUCACCUUUUCUUUGAAUAUCAUCGAAUUCUACAGUAUCUCACCAAAUCUGCUAAAGAAAAGGGUCAUCAGUUUUACUGGAUGUUUGAAAAUACCUCUUCCAUGGAAUUAGGAACCAAACAACAAAUGUCAAGUUAUCUGCAGUGUUCACCUGUAGUCAGAUGUGCUUCUCAAUUUGUGCCAAUGAAAAGAAAACGGUUCUUUUGGGGUAAUUUCCCAUCACAAAGCAUUGAAGAAAGCGACAGAGACGGCAUCAAUUUACAGUAUUUCCUAAAGCCAUACAGAGAAGCUACUGUUCAUAGUAUGCCCACUCUAACUACGAACUCCCAUUCUCAGCGAAGUGGGAGAGAACAAUGUCUGCCAGUGACAGAAGAGGGCGUUCCAUCACAUCUGUACAUUACAGAACAAGAACAACUGUUUGGUUUUCCUUCACAUUACACUGAUGGACCUAAUCUAUCUGUCACGGAUAGGAGAAAACUUCUCGGCAAAGCAUGGUGUAUACCGGUGGUUGUGGAUCUUUUGAAAUUUCUUUGUCCAUUAUUCAAGACCAAACUUCAGUCUAAGGCAGACAUUAGUCCAACAUAA